AUGUCUGCCACAGACUGGUACGCGCAUAAAUCCCUCGGAGAAGGACUAUACUGGAUCCAGGAGAAGUUUUUCGAAUCGUCAAACAGAGCUAAUAUUUGGCUCCUCCGAGGAUCUCACCAAGACGUAGUGAUAGACACAGGCUUGGGUUUGAGGAGCUUACCUGACUACAUUAACUCCAAAAGUAUGCUUGGAGACGACCCGCAGCGAAAGAACCCCCUUUUGGCUAUCGCCACCCACGCCCACUUCGACCACUCAGGUGGUCUGCAUCAGUUCCAACAGGUCGGGGUCCACAGUGCAGAGGUCGAUGCGCUGGCUAACGGAGACAACUUCGAGACUGUCACCUGGCUGUCCGACAGAGAGAUAGUCCAGGCUCCCUGGCCGGGAUGGAGGGCCAGGCAGUACAGAGUCAAGGCUGUACAACCAACACAUAUACUACAAGAAGGUAAGAACCAAACCAAACAAUCUAUAAAGAUACCAAUGUGGUGGCAUAAUUGUUGCAAAAAUCUAGAAGACCAUUGGCUGAAUUCAGUCUCUAAUGUAUGAUGUGGAGUUGAGAUAAGGAUAUGGUCAAUAUGAAUGUAAUAACACAGCCCUUUAAGGAUGUGUCUGCACCCCUUGUUACAGACUUUGAAUUGGAAUACGCUUUCACAUUAGGCUGCAUCCCAAGGGAAAUGUAUACUGCAGACUUGGCAGAGCACUAACACUGACCUCCCAUCACUCACACACACACACACGCACACACACACACACACACACACACACACACACACACACACACACACACACACACACACACACACACACCUAGCAUGACCCCUCCCUUUUUUUGUAUUCCAUCAUACUCUCUUAAUAGAAGUCAGAGCUUUAAAAAUCUUACUGCACAUUCUUGAGAUUAGGUUCCACACACCCUAAAUAAGUCUAUUGACUCAGUUACAUGAACUGUACAAUGUUUUUGCUUAUAAUGGGUCCCAUAGGAAAUAUUAUUUAUGGUCAUGGUUCAAUGUGUGAAUGACACAUACACCGGAUAGGUGCAGUGAAAUGUGUUGUUUUUACAGGGUCAGCAUAGUAUUACGGCGCCCCUGGAGAAAAUGAGGGUUAAGUGCCUUGCUCAAGGGCACAUCGACAGAUUUUUCACCUUGUCGGCUCGGGUAUUCGAACCAGCGACUGUCGGCCCAAUGCUCUAACCACUAGGACAUUGAAUAUCCCUUUGAGCAUUUUAAAGUUAUUUAUUACACUUUGGAUGGUGUAUCAAUACACCCAGUCACUACAAAGAUACAGGCAUCCUUCCAAACUCAGUUGAUGGAGAGGAAGGAAACCGCUCAGGGAUUUCACCAUGAGGCCAAUGGUGAUUUUAAUCCAGUUACAGAGUUAAAUGGCUGUGAUAGAAGAACUGAGGAUGGAUCAACAACAUUGUAGGUACUACACAAUAAUAACCUAAAUGACAGAGUGAAAAGAAGGAAGCCUGUACAGAAUAAAAAUAUUCCAAAACAUGGAUCCUGUUUGCAAUAAGGCACUAAAGUAAUACUGCAAAAAAUGUGUAAAAUAAAUUAACUUUUUGUCCUGAAUAUAAAGCAUUAUGCUUGGGGCAAAACCAACACAACACAUCACUGAGUACCACUUUUCAUAGUUUCAAGGAUGGUGGUGGCUGCAUCAUGUUAUGGGUAUGCUUGUCAUUGGCAAGGACUGGGGAUUUUUUUUUUUUGAUAAAUAGAAAAGGAAUAGAGCUAAGCACAGGCAAAGUCCUAGAGGAAAACCUGGUUCAGUCUGCUUUCCAACAGAUACUGGGAGACAAAUCCAUCUUUCAGCAGGACAAUAACCUAAAACGCAAGGCCAAUUAUACACUGGAGUUACUUACCAAGACGACAUUGAAUGUUCCUGAGUGGCCUAGUUACAGUUUUGACUUAAACCAGCUUGAAAAUCUAUGGCAAGACUUGAAAAUGGCUGUCUGGCAAUGAUCAACAAACAACUUGACAGAGCUUGUAGAAUUUAUGAAGAAUAAUGGUUAAAUAUUGUACAAUCCAGGUUUGCAAAGCUCUUAGUGACGUACCCAGAAAGACUCAAAGCUAUAAUCACUGCCAAAGGUGAUAUUAACAUAUAUUUUCCAUUAAUACUUUUAUUUGUUUAUUUUUUACUUACAGAGUAUUUUGUGUAGAUCAUUGACAAAAAUGAGAAUUAAAUUGAUUUUAGUCCCACUUUGUAACACAACAAAAUGUGGAAAAGGUCAAGGGGUGUGAAUACUUUCUGAAGGCACUGUAUAUGCGAUUUUCAUACUCAGCCGAUGACUUUGAUGGAUUUUAUUUCAGCCUUUACAGCAGACUAGACCCGGCCAUACUGAAUUACUACAGAGCCUGAGAGGGAGAAUGUACACAUAUUCAAUCCCAUCCACAGAGAUCAGACCACAACACAAAUUAUAUUCUUGCUAUGAAGACACACACGUACUCCUGAUCCAUAUUCUUCAUUACGGCAGCUUUUUCGUCCCGUCUUGUCAGAUUGUCACACAUUGCCGCACACUUAAAAAAGUUGGAUCAAACUCUCCCCAGCCAGCAUCCGAUCCCUGUGUAAUCUGUGCACUGGUCAAUACACUUCUGCUGCGUCAGUGCUGCAAUGCAGUUGGAAUAUCUUAUUGCUCAAUGUGUCCGUUUUCCCCGUCUUUCUCUCUCUCUCCUUACUCUCCCUCAGGUGAUGUCAUCAACCUGGGUGACAGGCAGCUGACGGUGCUGCACAUGCCCGGCCACUCCCGGGGCAGUAUCUGCCUGCACGACGGUGACAACAAGAUGCUGUUCAGUGGGGAUGUGGUCUACGACGGAGCCAUGAUCGACUGGCUGCCCACCAGCCGGGUCAGCGACUACAUCAGCAGCUGUGAGCGCCUGGUGGGGCUGGUGGACAGCGAGCAGGUGGACCAGGUAAUGCCGGGACACUAUCACACAUUUGGAGCGAAGCAGCUCCACCGCAUCGCCUCGGGGUACAUCGACAAAGCAGGCACCUGCCCGGCACGCUUCUCCACGUUUGCCUGGAGGACCUUGGCCGGAUUGGCACUACGGGCCUCCAACACACGGGGCAUCUGCUAG